AGGUGUGCUUGAUCUUUGUAUGUUUCUUUCAUACCAUUAAUGUCAUCUAUUUAAACUAAGUAUUAUUAUUAUUUUUGCUCCCACAACAACAAAGCCUCUCUUGCUUUACCUUUCCUUUGCUCUUCCAAAUUUCUCUCCACCAAACAAAUUCUAUCUUUGCUUUUCUUUUAUAUUUCUCAAAUUUUCUUGAAAUCCUCACUCACACACUCUGAUAAAUAACUCUGUCGGUUCAGUAUAUAUCAUCAUCUAGUGUCCACUUGAACUUGCUUAGCACAAAAAAUAAAUAUUCAUUCAUUGUUAGCAAAUAAAUAUAAAGAUUCUUCAUCUUGGUAUUUGUGUUGUAUUGUACUUUUUUUUCUUUUACUAGCUACUAGUACUACACUCAAUUAUGCAACUUGUGUUUUUGGUGUAACACAUGAUAUUUAGAAGGUAAGAAAAACUUAAUAAUCAUGAAGUUCAUGAAACUUGGAUCUCGUCCAGAUACUUUCUAUACUUCAGAAGCUAUAAGGACUAUCUCUUCUGAAGUUUCUAGCGACCUUAUAAUUCAAGUAAGGGGAAGUAGAUAUCUUCUUCACAAGUUUCCCCUGCUGUCGAAAUGCUUAUGUCUGCAAAGAUUAUGCUCAGAAUCACCUCCUGAUUCAUCUCAUCACCAAAUAGUCCAACUUCCUGAUUUUCCUGGUGGAGUGGAAGCAUUUGAGUUAUGUGCUAAGUUCUGCUAUGGAAUCACCAUUACUUUGAGUCCUUACAACAUUGUAGCUGCAAGAUGUGCUGCUGAAUAUCUUCAAAUGACUGAAGAAGUUGAGAAAGGAAACUUGAUUAACAAGCUUGAGAUUUUUUUCAAUUCUUGUAUCCUCCAUGGUUGGAAGGAUACCAUAGUGAGUCUUCAGACCACAAAAGCGUUGCAUUUGUGGUCUGAAGACUUAGGAAUUACCAGCAGAUGCAUUGAAACUAUUGCGUCGAAAGUCUUGAGGCACCCUACAAAAGUGAGUUUGUCACAUAGUCAUUCUAGAAGGGUGAGAGAUGAUGUAUCUUGCAAUGACACAGAAAGUUUGAGAACCAAAUCAGGAAGUAAAGGAUGGUGGGCUGAAGAUUUAGCAGAACUUAGCAUAGACCUUUAUUGGAGAACCAUGAUAGCAAUCAAAUCUGGUGGCAAAGUUCCUUCAAAUCUCAUUGGUGAUGCAUUGAAAGUUUAUGCAUCUAGAUGGUUACCAAAUAUUUCCAAGAAUGGAAAUAGAAAGAAGAAUGUUUCACUAGCCGAGUCUGAAUUAGAUGACUCGGCCAGUGAAAUAACUUCAAAGCAUAGACUGCUUUUGGAGUCAAUAGUAAGCUUGCUUCCAACCGAAAAAGGCGCUGUUUCUUGUAGCUUUCUUUUGAAACUCUUGAAAGCAUCAAAUAUUCUCAAUGCUUCUUCAUCUUCAAAGAUGGAAUUAGCAAGAAGGGUGGGACUUCAACUGGAAGAAGCCACAGUGAAUGAUCUAUUGAUACCCUCACUUUCAUAUACAAAUGAGACUGUCUAUGAUGUUGAAUUGGUGAUGACUAUAUUGGAACAAUUCAUGUUACAAGGACAAAGUCCUCCAACUAGCCCUCAAAAAUCCUUGAACACAUUUGAAAGAAGGCGGUCUCGCUCCGCGGAGAAUAUUAACUUUGAAUUACAAGAGAGUAGAAGAUCAUCUUCAGCAUCUCAUAGUUCAAAAUUGAAGGUUGCAAAGCUUGUGGAUAGGUACCUUCAAGAAGUUGCAAGAGAUGUGAAUUUUUCUUUGUCUAAAUUCAUUGCCCUUGCUGAUAUUAUACCAGAUUUUGCAAGACAUGAUCAUGAUGAUCUCUAUAGAGCCAUUGACAUUUAUCUCAAGGCUCAUCCAGAACUAAACAAGAGUGAAAGAAAAAGAUUAUGCAGAAUUCUUGACUGCAAAAAACUCUCAAUGGAAGCAUGCAUGCAUGCAGCACAAAAUGAACUACUUCCAUUAAGAGUUGUUGUCCAAGUUCUCUUCUUUGAACAAGCAAGAGCAGCAGCAUCAGGUGGAAAAGUAACAGAAUUACAAAGCAAUAUCAAAGCUUUGCUUACAACACACGGUAUUGAUCCAUCGAAACAUACAACAACACAAUUAAGCACUACUACAAGUAUUCAAGGUGAAGAUAAUUGGAGUGUUUCUAACUUCAAGUCACCAAAAUCAAGAUCUUCAACACUAAGAAUGAAGCUAGCUGAAGAUCAUGAUGAAUUUGAUGAAAAUGGUUUGGUAAAUGAUGAUGGAAUUGGAAGAAACUCUAAAUUUAAGUCCAUUUGUGCUCUUCCUACACAGCCUAAGAAAAUGCUUAGUAAAUUAUGGUCUACUAAUAGAACUACUACUGAAAAAAAUUGAAUAAUUUUGAGUUAUUAUGUUAGUUUUAAUGUUGGUAAGGGUAAUUUAGAGGGUAUAUUACAUAUACUCUAUUUUUGUUUUAAGCAAAAAAGCAUUGUAACUUGUAGGAGAAUCCAAGAAUCUCUUAAUGUAUGUGCAUUGUUGAUGUAACCUAUAAUAAUAAUAAUAAUUUUGAAGAAAAAUCUUUGGUGAUUAA